AUGCCAAAGGAUAAUUUGCUGUUUAAAUUGGACAAUCUAGAAUAUCAAUAUUACUAUUUGAAAGGAACUCUAGAUAACUUCACACCACGUUUGAAUAGCACUACAAAAUUAUAUAAUGCUAAAGGUAAAAAGAGCGCAAAGAAAGUAGAGAAGGUUCUAGCAGAAAUCACAUUACCAGAAGUAGAAUCAGGACUAUUGGAAUUACGUUUAGAGAUAUUCAAUAAUAAAUUAUAUCAUCUGGAAAAAAAUUUACAAACAUUUCUAUUAAAACAUAUAUUAGAAUAUGAAAAGAAAGUAUUGAAGGAAGAAAAUAAUAAGAAUGCAAAGAAGAAGAACCACAAUACUAGUGAGGUUAUUGAAGAAAUUAAGAAAACCUAUGGAUUUGAAGAAUUUAUUAACUUUAUAAUAAAAUCAAAAUGUAUUAAACUUGCUUCCAGUAAGAUAAUCCCAACUAAACAUCAUCAAACUCUACCUCAAAAUAAAUGGUUUAUAGAUCAUGAAUACUAUAAAAUUAUCAAUGAUAAGGGACAUAAGUAUAAUCCAGGUAGAAUUUGGAGUGAAGUUGUUAUGGGUACAAAACACUCAGAUCAAAUCGUCAGUUCAUUAUUAAAUAACAAGAAAUGCAAAGAAUUAUUCCAACAAUUUGAAAAUGGUAUGGAUGUAUUUUUAGCAAUCAAUAAGGAUAAGAAGAAAUUAAAUAAUACAAAACAGACAGAUUCGGAUGGUGAUGGGAACUUGGAUUCAAGUAAUGGCAUUAAUAAGAAGAAAACUGAUGAUGAUUCUACGAUAGAAUCAUCAGAAUCUGAAGAUGAAAUGUCAAAUCAAGAUGUUGAAUUGAAUGAUGAUGACAUUUCAAAUAUUAUGAAACAGUACGAAGGUGUUAUUGUGGAUUCUGAAAAUGAAAGCUCGAAUGAGGAUUUUGUAGCUGAUCCAAAUAUUGAUUAUAAUCAAGUUACUGAUGAAGAAAUGUCAUCCAAUGAGAAUUAUGAAGACGAAGAAGAUGACGAAGAUUCUAGUGAUGAUGAGCAACCUCAAAAGAAAAAACAAAAGGUCCAAUUACCAGAAUUAAUGGGUGGUUACUAUAGUGGUGAAGAAGAAUCUGAUUUUGAAGAGGACAAUAUAGCCAAACAGCAAAAAUCUAAUAAAGAGAAAAAGAAGAAUAGACGUGGUCAAAGAGCUAGAAGAAAGAUAUGGGAACAGAAAUAUGGUAAGGAAGCUAAACAUGUUCAAAGGGAGUUGGAAAAGGAAAGAGAAGAAAGGAAACAAAGACAAAUAGAUUAUGAAGCAAGAGUUGCUAAAAGAGAAGCUAAAGCUAGAGAAUUGGCUGUCUCUGGUACUAAUUUGAUUGAAGUUGGUGAAAGAAAGGCUUCAAAGCCUGUUGAAAAGAAAGAACCUAAUGAAGACCAUCCUUCAUGGGUAGCAAAGAAACUUGCAGAAGAAAAAUUAAAGAAUGCUAAAUUUACUGGUAAGAAGAUUACAUUUGAUUAA